UGAUGUAAUUGCCACCAGAACGAAGAGGCAUGGUUUCACGGAGGUGACCUACAGUUUGAAACAGUAAUGUAACAAGGCUUGCAAAUCUUGCAAUAGCAUACUGUAUGUCAUUGGUGUGGCUGUUAUUUAGCUUUGCAACUUAGCCAAACCUAAUCUUCUAACAGUUAGAAUUCCGUUUGAAUACCCACGCUACUGAGAGCAACGUUUGAAAUGGCAGAGGCGCAUCAAGCUCGUGUACAGAAAACCAUAGAGGACAUGGUUCAAAGUUUAGAACGGGACCACAUCCGCAAGAUGCAAGGACUCAUGUUCAAGUGCAGUGCAGAGUGCUGUGAGCGCUCCACAGACUCCAUGUCACAGGUGCACAAUUGUAUCGAACGCUGCCACGCUCCUCUGGCGCAGGCCCAAGGACUAGUGACCAAUGAACUCGAGAAAUUUCAGGACCGGCUGACCAGGUGCACCAUGCAUUGCAAUGACAAGGCCAGGGACCUGUUUGACUCUGGUGCCAAGGAGCCUGCCGUGCGGGCCAUGAUGGAGAACUGCGUGGGAAGCUGUGUGGACGACCACAUCAACCUGAUCCCCAGCAUGACGCACAGACUCAAAGAGAACCUGGACUCUAUUCCACAGUGAGGAGGAGGGAACAGCUUACUUCAUAUGCAUGAGACAGGUUGGACUCUAUACUACAGUGACUGUCAUCUGACUCAAAUAACACAGAGGAAGUAUAAACAGCAGACUCAAAGAUGGCUCGUUAUUAUCACAGUGAAAAAGAGGGAGUUAUAAAUGGCAGAUCCAAUACCUCAGUGAGGGAAAGGGACAGCUUGCAGGAAUGAGAUUUGGGUCCUGGUAAAAGGUUAAUCAGGUCCAUGCUGUCGGAGAGGGUGGGGGAUAUAGCUCAGCUCAGAGUCUGAAGAAACUACACAUCCCCUGCAAACUGACUCUGUGUCUUUGUAGCAUUUACUGUUUAUUGGUUGAACCUAAGACCAGACAGGCCAGCUGAACUUACUCAGCAUAACUGUGUAACAUCAAAAAUACCUGUCUGUGAACUGUUUGUAAAGGUAUUUAUUACAUGUCCUGAUAGCCUAGCUGUUGUAUGAUUGGAGUCUGUAUUCUGCCUCGGUGCUCAAAAUAUUUGCAACCUGUUCCUCUCUCCUCUAGCAUGAUCUCUGUGCUGUUUGUUUUGUGGGAACCAUACAUGUUCUGUGAUUCUUUCCCUCAUCACUAUAUCAGUUUUUAUAUAAAAAUGAAAGCAAAUGGUGAAAAUGGA